AUGUAUAGGGUGAGGAAAUCUACAUAUAUUACUGAGAUUUAUCACGUCGAUGAAAAUAAUACUGACUCUGGCGUAAUGUAUUGUGAAAUGCAAGAUUCUGAGUUGCAAAUGGAUGCAAUUACAAAUAAAAAAAUUAAAGAAAUUCUUUACUCAAAAAAUUCAAGUUAUCUUGCAACUACAGGAGGCCUUUUGAAAGAUAUUCGUGAAAAUUGUUCAAUCGAGAAAAUUAAAGCAUUACACAAACAGUUCUAUCAUAUUAAUAAUAUGUUUAUUACGGUUUCUGGCUUUAUUGAACAUGAGCAACUUCUUGCUGAAAUUUCUCGUGUUGAGGAACAAAAUAUUUCUUCAAUUCCUAGUGGCUUCAUUCGUCCAUCCCAUUCGCAGACUCCAGCGAUUACUAUUAAGACUGAGGAGAUUGAUUGUCCGACAAAUGAUAUAUUUGGAAUGGUUAAACUCUUAUGGAUUGGGCCCGCAGGUAGUAAUUGGAGUAAGAUAAGGGCCGUGCAAUUCUUAAUUGAUUAUAUCACUGAUGCCUUGGAAUGGGAUUUAAUAAAAAAUGAAGAUCCUUAUUGUAAAUCAUUGUCAAUCUCCUUGAAAGAAAGGAAAGACUGCGAAAUAAUUGCUACUUUUGUUGGAGUGCCACAAAAUAAGCUUAAACAAUUGAAAAAAAGAUUUUUCGAAAAAUUUGUUGUUGAUCAUUCAAAAAAAGAGGCCUUUGAAAUGAAAAGAAUUAGUUCAAUGAUUGAUGAUAAGAUGAGAAAUUUUCGUAAUGAAAUGGCAGAUUGUCCACAUUCAUUCAUUUCCAAUGCAGUUAUUGGACAUCAGUUAUAUGGCUCUUUAGAUGAAAAUGACCAAGAAAAUGAUUUGAAGGAAAGACUUGAUGAGGUGAUCUUUUGUAAAAUGAUUAUAAAAUUUUAUAUGUACUUAGCAGGGCUGGGCGUAAUUAAAAAAUAA